AAGGCUUCUGAUUGGUUAGAUAAGGUAAGUUAGUGAGGCGCUUUCUUCCGCGAGGGGUUUUGAUUGGCCGGUCAGAGAGGUUACCUGCGAAUUCACCCUCCCUCCGGGGACUUUGAUAGGAUUGCGGAAGGUUCGUGUUCCCGAAGCUUUAGGAGUUGUCAUAGGCUAAAGAGACAGGCUCUCAGUCCCUAGGAAGGCUCAGCCUCCCGGAGAUAGCCAUCGCCCCAUCUCAAGAGUCCCUGGUGUUUCUAGAGCAGGCUUGGCUUUCACCAAACCCAAGAAAGUGACAGGAGAAGCUCCCGCACUGGACCUAAAGAUGCUGUGACCAGAAGAUGGGAUCACGGAAUAGCAGCAGCGCAGGAUCCGGGUCUGGAGACCCCUCGGAGGGCUUGUCCCGAAGAGGGGCUGGCCUGCGUCGUCGCAGUGAGGAGGAAGAAGAGGAGGAUGAAGAUGUGGAUCUGGCCCAGGUACUGGCCUAUCUCCUCCGCAGAGGCCAAGUGAGGUUGGUGCAGGGAAGAGGUGCAGCAAAUUUACAACUCAUCCAGGCCCUCUCGGACUCCGAGGAGGAGCAUGACAGUGCCUGGGAUGGACGUCUCGGGGAUCGAUACAACCCUCCUGUGGACGCAGCCCCUGACACCCGGGAGCUGGAAUGCAAUGAGAUCAAAACGCAGGUGGAAUUGGCCACAGGGCGCCUAGGACGUAGGCGGGCAGGCCAGGAGCACAGCUUUCCUCGAAUGUUGCACCAGAGAGAACGGGGCCUCUGCCACCGGGGAAGCUUCUCCCUUGGAGAACAGUCUCGAGUGAUGUCUCACUUCUUGCCCAAUGACCUGGGCUUCACUGAUAGCUACUCUCAGAAGGCUUUCUGUGGUAUCUACAGCAAAGACGGGCAAAUCUUCAUGUCUGCUUGCCAAGACCAGACAAUCCGACUCUAUGACUGCCGGUAUGGCCGCUUCCAUAAGUUCAAGAGCAUCAAGGCCCGGGAUGUGGGUUGGAGCGUCCUGGAUGUGGCCUUCACCCCUGAUGGGAACCACUUCCUCUACUCCAGCUGGUCUGAUUACAUCCAUAUCUGCAACAUCCACGGGGAAGGAGACACACACACUGCCCUGGAUCUGAGGCCGGAUGAGCGUCGCUUUGCUGUCUUCUCCAUCGCCGUGUCCUCAGAUGGACGAGAAGUGCUGGGGGGGGCUAAUGAUGGCUGCCUGUAUGUCUUUGACCGAGAACAGAAUCGGCGUACCCUUCAGAUCGAGUCCCAUGAAGAUGAUGUGAAUGCAGUGGCCUUUGCCGACAUAAGCUCUCAGAUCUUGUUCUCUGGGGGUGACGAUGCCAUCUGCAAAGUGUGGGAUCGACGCACUAUGCGGGAAGAUGACCCCAAGCCUGUGGGUGCACUGGCCGGGCACCAGGAUGGCAUCACCUUCAUUGACAGCAAGGGUGAUGCGCGGUACCUCAUCUCCAACUCCAAAGACCAGACCAUCAAACUCUGGGAUAUCCGACGCUUUUCCAGCCGAGAAGGCAUGGAAGCUUCACGCCAGGCUGCCACACAGCAAAACUGGGACUACCGCUGGCAGCAGGUACCCAAAAAAGCCUGGCGGAAGCUGAAACUCCCAGGGGACAGCUCCUUGAUGACCUACCGGGGCCAUGGGGUACUGCACACCCUCAUCCGCUGCCGAUUCUCCCCCAUGCACAGCACCGGCCAGCAGUUCAUCUACAGCGGCUGUUCCACCGGCAAAGUGGUUGUGUACGACCUUCUCAGCGGCCACAUCGUGAAGAAGCUGACCAACCACAAGGCCUGUGUACGUGACGUCAGUUGGCACCCUUUUGAAGAGAAGAUUGUCAGCAGUUCGUGGGAUGGGAACCUGCGUGUGUGGCAGUACGUCCAGGCUGAGUACUUCCAGGAUGACAUGCCAGGGGCCGACGAGCGCCCCAGCACCCCCGCUGCCGGGCCCCGCCCCUCCACGACCUUUUCCUCAGCCCAGCAGAUCUGACCUUCAGACCCGUGCAGGGUGAACCUCUGGACGAGCUCUGCCGCCUCUUCCUCCCUUUUUCCCUUCUGGGGAAUGUUUGGAGGAGUCACUGGCAUUGGGUGAGGAGGAGAGAAACGCAGGCUCUGGGCCCCAGCCAGGCCCUGGAGGAGCCUCCCCAGGGGCUGUAUGGUCUCCUCAUUCACUUACACCCAGGCGACUUGGGUCCUUAUCUCUGGCCAGAGCCAGGCAGGACCGCCGUUAUCUGGGCUGUGGCCUCUGGCAGCAAGAGAACAGUCUUGAGUGUUUUUAAUCAUGUUUGGAUGUUAGCUUUGUGCUCUUAGAGUAGACACCUGGGCCAGGCCCGUUGCCCUGGUCUUCACACUGAGGAUUGACUGGCCAGUCAGAGGGCCAGGUGUCCUGGCCUUUCUUCCGGCAGUCUCUGGGGGUGGGCGGGGAAAUCAGGCUGUUUCCUCAGCAGCCCCUGGAGCGGGGAGUGGGUCCUCUUAGCUCCCUGUGGCCCCACGCCGAGCAGGCCGUGCCUUCCCAAGGGCUGCCAUCAAACGGGGGGUCAAGAGCUCCAAGGAAGAAGGUUGCAGUGGGACUACCUUGUCCUCUCACUGGCUGUGGCUCCUUCAAUAAACUCCCUGUGGGAACCUGG